AUGCAUUUUCUUAAACUUCAAGUUCAAUGUGGUGGUGACAUAAAUGAAUUGAUUUUACCGACUAAAUCAAGCGAUCCAUCAGUUGAAGAACUACAACAAUACAUUGAACAGCAAUUAAAUAUUCCAAUACAUAAACAGCAUAUUAUAUUCAAAGGACAAAAUUUACAUCAAAAGCCCGAUGAAAAAUUACGACAAUAUGGUAUAACAAAUGCAAGUCUUAUUCGAGUUGUUGGUUGCAAACAACUUUUACAUAGGCAAAGUUGA